AUGCCUCAUGUAAAAUUAUCACCUCUAAAUCAAAAUUUAGAAUUAUAUUAUGAAGUUCAUGGUUCAGGUGAAAUUAAAAUAUUAUUUAUUAUGGGUUUAUUAGCUGAUGGUGCAGCUUGGUAUCGUCAAACUGAUUUUUUUCGUCAACUAUCUCAUUAUCAAUGUGUUAGUUUUGAUAAUCGUGGAUAUGGUCGUUCAUCUUCUCCAUUAACUAUUCAUUAUACUACAACUCAAAUGGCAAAAGAUGCUCUUGCACUUAUUAAUCAUUUACAAUGGACUCAAUGUCAUGCUGUCGGUAUAUCAAUGGGUGGAAUGAUUGCACUUGAAUUAGCAUUAUUAGCACCCGAAAAAAUUCUUUCAUUAACACUUUUAUCUACACAUGCUGGCGGCCUUGCUGGUCGAGCACCAUUCGUUGGUAUUCGUCAUAUGAUUCGAUCUAUAUUAUUAAGUGAUGAAAAUUUAUUAGUAGAAAAUGUUAUGACAAUGCUUUAUGGUGUAAAAACACUCAAUGAUCCAGAUAAACGAAAACUAUUAUAUGAUUAUCAUGUUAAACGAUUUCGAGAACGUAUGACACCAACAAUUAUUGGUCUUAUAGGACAAAUAACUGCUGUAUAUAAACAUUAUGUUAGUUAUGCAGAUUUACUUAAAAUUCGUUAUGCACCAUUUGAAUGUUUAAUUAUGGUUGGUACGGAAGAUCGACUUGUACGAGAAACAAAUUCUUAUAUGCUUCGACGAAUUCUUGGUUGUCGUCUUGUUAAACUUGAUAAUGCUGGACAUGGUUUACAAGGUGAAUAUGCAAAAGAAGUUAAUCAAGAAUUAUUAAAAUUAUUUGAAUCAAUUCGUAAAAAAGAACCAUCACAAAAAUCAAGACAAGAAAUACCAGAAGAAUAUGCAAUAGAAAUAAAAGCUCUUCAACAAUGUUGUCAACAUCGUUCACAUUGUCUUAUAUAUGAUAUUGUUGGAUUCUUACAGGGUCUACUUCUCGGUAUGAUUCUCUUCUGUUUAUUGUCAAUUGUUGAAUCAACAAAGAUUCAAUGGCCUGGAAUUCAUUUAACCUUCGAAAGUGUUAUAUUAGUUGGAUGUUUGAAUGGUCUUCGUCGAGCUAUUAAAUGUGUAUAUCAUGCAUUUCGUGCACGAUGUUUUGUUCAAGAAUAUCAUUUACAACUUGAUCGAGCAGCUCAUCAUGGUGGUAUUGGUGUUGCAUUACCUGAAGAACCAAAAAAUGGUAUACCAUAUGGUUGUGGUUUUGAAUAUCCUAUUCCUUCAUUAAUAUUUAUAGCUAAUUUGAUUAGUCUUAUUUAUUGGACAAGAAUAUAUGAACAAACAACUUAA